AUGUCAGUUUCAAUUAGACCUAUUGAAAAGAAAGACAAGGAAGAAUGGAUAAACCUCUGGUCUGGAUCAGGUGGUUAUCUUGAAUUCUACAAAUCUACAGUGCCUUCUGAAGUGACUGAAACAACUUUUGAAAGGUUCUUUGAUUCUAAGGAGCCUGUUUACGCAGCGGUUGCAGUUGACAAUUCUUCAGGUAAAAUUAUUGGAUUUGCUAACUAUUUGACACAUAGAAAUACUUGGACAAUUAAUGACUCGUUAUACCUCAACGACCUCUUUGUCUCCCCAGAAUCGAGAUUGAAGGGUGUAGGUAGGAAAUUAAUUGAGUUUGUCUAUGCAGAAGCGGAUAAGAUGAAAUGUGGAAAAGUUUAUUGGAAUACUCAAUUCGAAAAUCACAGGGCCCAACUUUUGUAUACAAAAGUUGGGAAGAAGCUUGGAUUUUUGAGCUACGGAAGGCCAUGA